UUCGCAUUUUCCCCAAACCCCAAACCAAACCCCCACGUAUCUAACAUCAAUACGAGCUAGAAAUCGAAAGUUUCAAGACAUUUUAGAAGAAAAUAAACAAAAUUGUGCAGGACAAAGGUCUCUUGAGAGAGAUAUAUGUUGGUUCGUAGGAGAUUGAGAACAUUCUGAUCGAUAUAUAUAUAGAGAGAGAGAGAGAUAAAGGGAGUAAGGUAGUGAGAGAGAAGAGGGCGAGCCAGAGAGAAGGGAUGUCUCUAACAAGCGUGAAGAUGUCGGAGGAUGUGUGGUUGACGUGUCUGACCCAUGCAUUGUCCACUGAGACUGAGGAGAUCAUGGGCCUUCUUCUUGGUGAUAUACAGAGUUCAAAGAAUGGUAAUGUAACUGCAUUGAUUUGGGGAGCACUUCCACAACCACGUUCUGAUCGACAGAAGGAUAGAGUAGAGACUAACCCAGAGCAGCUGACUGCUGCAUCAGUUCAUGCUGAGAGAAUGACAACGGAAACAGGGACUACAACUAGAGUGAUUGGCUGGUAUCACUCACAUCCUCAUAUCACAGUCCUACCAUCUCAUGUUGAUGUGCGAACUCAAGCAAUGUAUCAGCUAUUGGAUUCUGGGUUUAUUGGUUUGAUAUUUUCUUGUUUCAGUGAAGAUGCUCAAAAGGUUGGAAGGAUUCAAGUCAUUGCAUUUCAGUCUAUGGAUGGGAAGCAGGGUCACAUGAUGAAACCUCUUUCUCUCACUCCUGUUUUAAAAAGUGCUAUUAUAGAUGUAGAGUCGUCCAUGAGUUCUUCAGAUAAUGCAAUUGCCGUGUUUGGUUCUUCCAAAGGAGAAACUAUGGAACAAGACACUGGAGAUUCGGAGGCAGCUGGUAGGGCUUCUAAGGGCUCGGGGAAAUCACCACGUUUGGGAGGUUUUUUUGCUAAUGCUAAUGCUAAAACAGGAAACAAUAGUCAUGCUAACAGUUUGAAUGAUGCAAUUCAUGACUUGGAUCCCAUGGAUAUGACUGAAGGUAUGCAAGAAGCGAUGCAUUUGUCAAAUUUGGAGAUGAGUGGCGCAGAAUAUAUCAGAAAGGAAAUUCCUCUUCAUGUUCUCCCUACAUCAUCCCUUUUGAGUCUCGAUUCGCCUUUGUCAUCAUUUACAAAUCUCCAGCGGGUACUGUAUGAAGAGGAGAAGACUGCAUAUAAUCAAGCAAUGGCACAAAAUACAAGGGACAGCAAAGUUCACCCCCUCUCUUUCAUUCAUCACACAUCCACGUACAAGUCUUCCAUGUGCAAAAUGAUUGAGUACUGCUUGAGUCCUGCCAUGACUGUUCUUCAAGAUCGCUUGAGAGAAAAUGAAAUUCAGUUAAAUCUGCUCGUGGAAGAAGCCAGCCUACUGGAAUCAGAGGUCUCAAGAGGGAGUCCCUCAAAUUCGUCUCCUCGCUCUCCAUCUCAAGGGCACCGCAGUGGUUCCUCCAGUCACAGGGACCUAUAUCCGACAGACUUGAGCCACCUAAAAAAUGUCGGUGGUAACCGGAGCCGAAGAGGGUCCCAGUCGUGAGCUGAACUUCCUCUUUUGCUGCUAUAUCUUGCAAGUGUUUAUGCCCCUUCUCUACCUGCUAUUUCUGCUUGUAUACUACUAUCUAACAUUUUGUCUUGCAAAAAGCAAGUUUGAAUAUGGCAUAUUAAGUUUAUGCUCGAAUUUGUCAUCAGUUUUUUUGAGAUGUACUGAUGAAUGGGGAACCUCCAUUGUUUCCAAAAGCUACAUUCGUAUCAA